GAACGAAAGCUAGGUUUUAGAUGCAAGUCUUUGAGUGGAAGUUUGAUGGUCAUUGAGAGGUGAACUGGCAGGCACACCAACUGCCAGAGCAGAAAAGAAUCUGAUUUUUGAAUGUGCUUGAUAAAUUUAGAGGCAGACGGAUGCUUCUCAGAGGUAGAGGGUGGGAGAGAGAGGGAGGGAGGGAUUUCCCCCAAGGUGGACAUCUACGAGGAGCUUCCGGAGGACGAGCGGCAGCGGAUGACCAAGAAGUCGAGACGGGAGAGGGCAUAGGAUCGCGCGAGCGAGAGAUCGACUAGAGACAGAGAGAUUCGAAGGCUCCGGGUGGGCCAGGGCUGCUGCGCGAUUCGCUCCUUCUGAUGUGGGUGCCCAGUGCCGAUUUUCCCCUAUACGGUAGGUGAAACUUCAUUCAUGGAGCGGCUUGACAAUCCAUUCAAAGCUCUGAGCCUUCUGGAAGAGGAUGAGGAUCUGAGCUCUGCGUUGAAUCAAAGAAGGAAAAAAUCAGUCAAAACAACAGUAGAUAAACUUUUCCAGGACAGCCGGAGCAAGCGCAACGGAAAUGAUGCACCACAUUUGUACAAGCCCCUUGUUUGGAUUGAUCUGGAAAUGACGGGGCUUGAUUUGGAAAGGGAUCGGAUACUGGAGAUUGCUUGCAUCAUCACCGAUGGGAAACUCGAGACAAUUAUCGAGGGACCCGACCUCAUCAUUCACCAAACUGAAAAAGCUCUUGUAGAGAUGAACGAGUGGUGUCAAGAGCACCAUACUGCUAGUGGUUUGGUGGAAGGCGUCCGCAAAAGUACCAUAACAGAGCAGAAAGCAGAGGAGCAGGUCCUGGACUUCGUGAAUCAACAUGUCUCACCUGGCAAAGCUUACAUUGCUGGCAAUUCGGUGUACGUUGAUCUGCAAUUCAUAAGAAAAUAUAUGCCGAAGCUAGCCGGAAUUUUUUCCCACAUAGUGGUCGAUGUGAGCAGCGUUCGUGCUCUUUGCGUGAGGUGGUAUCCACAAGAUGCUGAAAGGGCUCCCGAGAAGAAGAAGAACCAUCGUGCUCUUGAUGACAUAAAAGAAAGCAUAGCAGAGCUCAAGUAUAUGAAGGCAGCUAUUUUCAAGAAGCCCCAAAAAUGUUGAUUUUGAGAAACUUAAUAAGAACUUUGAAGUGCGAAUUUCUAUUUUCAUUAUCUGCACGUUUAUGUCACGGGUAAUUCCUCUGGUCCUAAAUACCCGUGCAGGCACGUUCUAUGACACUGGGCUCAUUUCCCUAGACCCAACAGUUGAGGUGGCGUAGAAGUAUGACCUUAUUCUGAUAGUAUCUGAUUUUGAACGCAGCUCGAAGUUCCGUUGCACUGUACGUAAUCUCUUAUAGAAUUCUAUGUCAUAAACUGCUAAAUUGGAUUGAAAGUCAAGGUUUACCUCGAAACUUGCACUCUAUACAAUAGUGUUAUGCUUACUCGACGAACCGAGGAAGAACAAAAAGAAGCUCUAAGUUAAAAAGACUUGUGGACUUACAAUUUGGAUAACUCCAGAAAUCAACCUGUUUACAGAAUUGUCCAUAUCCUGCGUCUCACCGAGUAAUAUGUAGCAAAAACUGAUAGGAACGCCCCAUCAAGUCUUUUGAAUUGGGGGGGAAACCAAACGGAGGACAUGGAAGUCGGAUCAACAAGUCUACAGAUUUACAAAUAUGAAGCUCAUUCUCCAGAAGAUGAAGCCACACGAAGAUGUUCCGAAGGCGAUUGAAGAACUGCCAGGACUGGACUCCCUCCCCUUCUCAUGGGACGUUCCUUUAAAACCUGAGAAUUUUUUGUAAAUUCGUC